UACACAAGCAGCCCUCCGUUGGUCUCUCCAGCCUGAGGGGGUCGGUGUUGGUGUUGGUGGUCUGCUAGUGGACCUCCAGAGAACAGAUCCUCGGAGAUAAACACGGUUAUAAUGCUAAAAACCAAACAUGUAGCUAACUCGACAGCUCUGCUACAUGCUAAUUCACAGAUGUCGGGUAGGAGGGAUCGUCUGGACUAGAAGGCUAUGGAGUCCAGCCUUCCUUAUUACAUCCUCUUCAUCCUGAUUGGCUGUGUCCAGAGCUCUCCUGGUAACCACCACCACCAUAAUGGCACCAGACUCUACCAGUACUGUGUGCUUGGAGCCGGGCCUGCAGGACUGCAGAUGGGUUACUUCCUCCACAAGGCUAAAAGGGACUACAUCAUCCUGGAGAGGAACUCAGGACCAGGCAGCUUCUUUCACAAGUAUCCCAGGCACAGAAAGCUCAUCAGCAUCAACAAGAUCCACACGGGACGGCAGAACCGAGAGUUUAACCUGCGCCACGACUGGAACUCACUGCUGAGCGAUAAACCCGACCUCUUGUUCAAGAGAGUCAGCAGUGAGUUUUAUCCUCCUGCAGAUUCAUUUCCGAUCUACCUGUCCAUGUUUGAGAAGGAGCUCGGCCUGAAGGUUCAGUACGGAGUCGAUGUGGGACGAAUCAGGGCGGUUCAGUCAGCGACCAGCAGGAAGUACAUCCUCACAGAUCAGUAUGGGACAGACUACACAUGCAGCGUUCUCCUGGUAGCCACGGGUUUGUGGGUUCCUCAGAAGGUGGAGUUUGUCGGCUCUGAGCUGGUGGAAGGCUACGAGUCCAUCUCGACUAACCCAGAGGACUACAGGAACCAGGCUGUGCUGAUCCUGGGGAAAGGGAACUCUGCUUUUGAGACGGCUCAGAGCAUCUUAGGAAGUGCAAGUCGGGUGCACAUGCUCAGUUCGAGUCCUGUUAGACUGGCCUGGCAAACACAUUAUGUCGGAGAUCUCAGGGCUGUGAAUAACGAGCUGUUAGACACCUACCAGCUCAAGUCUCUGGACGGUUUGGUCGAGGCUCGUCUGGAGAAAAUCGUCAUCGCUCAGAGGAAGGAGCAGAGCAGGAGGAGGUCGGGGAAAGAGAAGAAAGGACAGCUGUAUUUGACUCUAAAUAAAUAUUUACAGAACCAAGAGGAGAAGAACAACUCUGGAGUGACAGGAGAAGAACUUCCAGGGUUUCACCAUGACAACUUCUCCAUGAGGAAGCCGUACGACCGUGUGAUUCGAUGCCUCGGAUUCAGAUUCAACUUCAGCAUCUUUGACAGCUCUGCCUGCCCACCCAACAGUGAAAACGCCAAAGGGAGGUUACCUGGUGUGACAGCUUGGUAUGAAGGGAAGAGCACUCCAGGUUUGUUCGUGCUGGGAACUGCUGCUCACUCCAGAGACUAUCGAGCGUCUGCUGGAGGUUUUGUCCAUGGGUUUCGCUACACAGUGCGAGCCGUUCACCGGGUUCUUGAGUGGCGUUAUCAUGGUAAAAAGUGGCCUUCCACCCGGCUGUCGACCUCACAGCUGCAGUCGUGGAUCCUGAAGCGGGUUGGAGAAGCUUCCGGGCCGUACCAGAUGUUUGAGGUGCUCGGAGACGUCAUACUUCUUCGAGGCUCUCACUGUGAAUAUCUGGAGGAGUUUCCCCUCCAGGCUCUGCCUCAGCUCACGUCGCUCUCAGGUCGUGAAGCGUCCGAUCACGGACUUAUUGUUCUCCUCAUGCAGUACGGGAAGAAGAAGAUCGAUUUCCUGGGGCGGAACAGAGCAGAAACAGACUGGACCAAAGCCUGGAAAUCCAACUUUCUACAUCCUGUUUUAUAUUACUACGACACGCUCCCUACAGAUGAAGAUAUGAAGUUCCGUCCUCACGGCUGGCCUUUACCCAGACCUAAAGCUAUUCAUCACAUGGUGGAGGAUUUCCUCACAGAGUGGGACGGUCCUGUUUCUCACAUUCAGCCUCUGAGACGCUUCCUGGAGCACGCCGUCCAGACUGACCUCAGAGCUUUCUAUGCAGAAUCAUGUUUCCGCUUCUCCCUCACCCACCGAAAGCCGCCGAUCUUCUGUCAGCGAGGAUACUUGAAGCAGCAGGGCGUCGUUCCCAAUCAUCAGCUGUGGCAGGAUGUUCACGCCGCAGGUUUGACUCCCACAGAGGCAGAGCCAGACACGCCAGGAGCUGACCACACUUUCCCUCCCUACCUGACACGGGCUGGAGCCUCUGUGUCUUCAGGACUGAAACUUGACCUCUGAAUGUUUCAUGAUGCUGUUUAUGUCCUUCUACCUCCAUUAUCCUGAAAGUUUCCCUCCAAUUACAUCCAACAGCAUGCCAUCCUACAGAUCAUUGGCUCCUGUAAUGCACUCACUCCACAAAUCCUUCACAGGUUGAGCCAAAGAAUGUAUUUCCUGUCUUAAUUUUAAAACACUUAGGGGUCCAAAACGGUCAAAUUAUCUUGAAUUUAAAUCUGAAGCAACAGAGAUUAAGAAAAGUAUGAAAUAUUGAGAUAUGUGUAUUUUUUCCUUCUUGUAAUCAUCUCAGAAAGUCUGCUGUUCAUCACUGGAGAAGCACUUUGUCCCUUCAGAGCUCCCUUAUUUUUAUUCUUCACUCAGUAUUUAUAUACAUCAGAAUAAUAUGCAGUUUUCAUAUCAUAUAAAUACAAAAUAGGUGAAGCUUUAUUGGUGGAGGGUUUUAAAUGAUUAUGUUUGAUGUUUUAUCUGAAUAAACGGUUUA